UUGUCGGCCGGGAGGGCAACAUCAAAGGGGCCUGGCUGUGGGCAUGAGGAGCCGGGAGACGGGAGUGGAGAUAGCUGGGAAGCCAAGUGGCCACGGGUGGGUCUUGAGAACAAGGUGGGCCCCGAGAACAAGGUGAGCCCGGGGAGCGAUGGGUGGUAUGCUGCAGAGGGAAGUAUAGAUUGGAAAGAGGAGUCCGACAGCAAGCCUGGUGAGCGUGGAGGGUCUGAGGAGCCGGGCGGGGAUCCAUUAAAAGAGGCUGAAUGUGAGCCCUCCUCUGAGACGUCAGUCAAAAUGAUGGACGGCUGCGAGGUUGGAAGGGAACCGGCUCAGUCGAGCGUUACUGCUUUUUUGGGGAAGCACCGCUUCGACAAAGUGCCCUGCAAAGGUCCUGUAAGUUUUGGGAGCAAAGCAUGCCGGGAUGCCAUAGAACAGCCCACCACGUCGCCUUCCAUCUCCACCACCAGGGAGAUGCAACACAGCAUAGCACUCAAGCACACAGGGAAACACAUGGACACAACACAGGAGUCUGGACAAAAACACAUCCUCAGAAUGAAGUUAUGCACGCGCUCCAGAUUACUGAUGCUGCCUCCAAACAUUCGAGGAUUUUUUCUCAGCACGAGUAAGAGACGUCCUCAUCCGAAAAGCAAAGGGGACUGUCACAGGUUAGGAGGAGGCUUGUUUUCAGUAACAUUUCACACACCUGAACAGAAACAUGAAAGAGAGAGUUUUGCCUGGAGAAAUAACAAAAUGGCUGAAAUCAUCAAUACGCUGACAACGCUCGUCUGCCUAUUCGGGGAUUGAGGUGCACAGAGAAGAAAAAAAACCCGUCAGACUUCAUAAGGACAUCUCAUUUUAGCAUCAGUCCGUGCAGUAUUGUUGUGUUUGAGUGGCUUUGCUCGUGAUUGUGUUAGGUUUGUGUUCUGCCUGCAGGAGAAACCACGCUCAAUGAAA